CCAGCAGCUGCUGUCAUCCAGGCGCUUCCUCCUCCCCCUCCUGCACGCAAACAGGCUCAGUGGGGCCUCUGCUGGCUCCCGGGUGUGAUGUGGAGAACUAGAAAGCCAAGGCCGGUCUGAGCAGCGGCAGCUUCAGCUCGCGGUGUAGCAGAGGGAAGUGGCUGGGUCGCUUCUUUCGCGGAUCCCGGGUAUGAGCCCGGCCGGCCUUUGCUGGCGCGGUGCCUUGAGCCGGAGGACGAGGACGGUCGCCGUCGCCGCGGACGGGGGAGAGGAGACCUUGCGAAGGAGGCCUCAGGGCGGGAGAUGUGCUGGUUCCCGGCGGCUCCUGGAGCAGUAUGUUCCCCGAUACCGCUAACACCUCCUCCAGCAGUGGCAGCGGGCAGCUGGAUUCAGCAGGCGCCGCCGUGGGCUCCAGCUCCCCCGGAGCGCAAGGUCCUGGCGGCGGCGGCAGCGGCGGCGGCGGCGGCGAGUCCUGCAAGAAGAGCAGCAGCAGCAGCAGCGUCCCGACAGCAGCGGCCGAGGGCGACGGCGAAGAGGACGAAGAAGAGGCGGCGGCGGGGACUCGCGGCUUGUCCCGCUCCAUGCUGGCUGCCGGACUGGGGCUGCUGCUGCUGCUGGCUGUGUCCCUCUUCCACCUCGGCCAGCAGCAGGAACAGAAGGAGGAGGAGGAGGAGGAGGAGGAGGCCAGCGGGCAGCUGUCCUUGGCAUUGCUCUUGCUCCGGCUCGUCUUUUACCUGGUCUGCGCCGCCAGCGCCUUCUUACUUGGCACCGUGCUGGCUCUGGUCGGCCAGAGUCGCGGCCGCCUCCGACCUCCGCCGGAUUUCCAAGGCGCCUGGAACCGCCGCUAUCCAGGAAGGGAAAACGCCGCUCCUUUAUUGCGAGCUGCCGUGAAUUUUUUAUCUGGAAACGCACAGGAACCUGUCCAGUCAAGGAGAGUGAUGAUUUCUCAUAACAUGGAUAAAGCUCUGAAAGAAGUGUUUGACUACAGCUACAGAGAUUACAUUUUGUCUUGGUAUGGGCAUCUCAGCAGAGACGAGGGACGACUAUACCACCUGCUAUCUGAAGACUUCUGGGAAGUUGCAAAGCAGCUGCGACACCGGCUCAGUCACGUUGAUGUAGUUAAAGUCGUCUGCAGUGAUGUAGUGAAAGUUUUGUUCACCCACUUCUGUGACCUUAAAGCAGCCAAUUCCAGACUGGAAGAGCAACCACGGCCAUUUUUACUGCAUCCAUGCUUGAGGAACUCGGAUGAAGAAGCAAAAUUCCUGCAAGCAUGUUCCCAAAUUCUGGUAUAUUGUCUUCUGCCCUCAAAGGAUGCCCGGUCUUUGAGCUUGCGCAUAGUCCUUGCAGAAAUACUUGCAUCGAAAGUACUGAAACCAAUGGUGGAACUACUGAGUGAUCCAAACUACAUCAACCAAAUGUUGCUUCUCCAGAUGGAGUACAGAGAACAGGUGAAUGAGCAUCACAAGAGAGCCUACACAUACGCUCCUUCUUAUGAAGAGUUCAUCAAGCUGAUUAACAGCAGUUCCGAUGUUGAGUUCCUCAAACAGCUAAGGUAUCAGAUUGUAGUGGAAAUAGUUCAAGCAACCACCAUCAGCAGCUUUCCACAGUUGAAACGCCAAAAAGAGAGCAAAGGUAAAGAAACUGCUGCUAUGAAAGCUGAUCAUUUGAGGGCCCGAAACAUGAAGAGAUAUAUUAAUCAGCUCACUGUAGCGAAAAAGCAGUGUGAAAAGCGAAUCCGACUCCUUGGAGGCCCUGCUUAUGACCAGCCAGAUGAUGGGAUAUUUGAAGAUAGUGAUGGACCACAGAGCCAGAAGAUUCUUCAGUUUGAGGAUAUUUUGUGCAACCCAUCCUACAGACAGCACUUUCGAAUAUACAUGGAAAGAAUGGAUAAGAGGGUCCUGAUCAGCUAUUGGGAGUCUGUGGAAUACUUGAAGAAUGCUAAUAAGGCUGAAAUUCCUCAACUUGUGAGUCAAAUCUAUCAGGAUUUUUUUGUGGAAAGCCGAGAAAUUCCUGUGGAAAAGUCACUGUAUAAAGAGAUACAGCAGAGCCUUGUGGGCAACAAAGGCAUUGAAGUGUUCUACAAAAUUCAGACUGAUGUUUAUGAAACACUGAAAGACAGGUACUACCCAUCAUUCAUUGUCAGUGAUUUAUAUGAGAGGUUGAUCAAGAAAGAAGAAGAAAGGAGUACUGUCCAGAUGGCAUCGGAUGACAAAGAUGAAGUGAACCAAGUUUGUGAAGAGGUUAUUGAUGAAGGGAGCUCAGGAAUUAAUGAGCAGGCCAGUUACGCUGUGAAUAAGCUACGCCAGUUAAAUGACAAACUUGAAUAUAAGAGACAAGCUCUAAAUUCUCUCUGCAGUUCACCAAAACCUGACAAAAAGAUUGUUUCUAAACUGAAGGAUGAAAUCACUGUGAUGGAGAGAGAACACAGUGACCUUCAGUUACAUAUUGAAAGAACAGAUUGGUGGUGUGAGAAUUUUGGCAUGUGGAAAGCCUUCAUAAAUACUAGCGAGGUCAUAGAAGAAAAUGGCGAACAAGUGCCCUGUUAUUCUGUCAUGGUGAGUUUACAAGAGAUUGGUAGUGUUGAAGCCAAGGAAUGGACAGUCCUUCGAAAGCUCAGCGAGUUUCAAAGCCUGCAUCGGAAACUCAGUGAGUGCUUCCCAUCAUUAAAGAAAGCUCAGUUGCCUUCACUCAGCAAACUGCCCUUUAAAUCUGUAGACCAGAAAUUCCUCGAGAAAUCCAAGAACCAGUUAAACAACUUUUUACAGAAAUUGCUUUCUGACGAAAGGCUCUGUCAGAGUGAAGCACUUUAUGCCUUUUUAAGCCCUUCGCCUGAACACCUCAAGGUUAUUGACGUGCAGGGAAAGAAGUCCUCUUUUUCACUUUCAUCUUUUUUGGAGAGGCUUCCUGGUGACUUCUUUUCUCAUCAGGAGGAGGAGGCUGAAGAUGACGAUGAUCUGUCUGACUACGGGGAAGAUGUGGAUGGGAGACGGGAUUCCCUUGCUGAGCCUUGCUUCAUGCUGAUUGGAGAGAUUUUUGAGCUGCGAGGAAUGUUUAAGUGGGUGAGGAAGACACUAAUUGCACUAGUUCAAAUCACUUUUGGAAGAACCAUCAACAAAGAUGCUUUUUGGCCAAAUGGAAAAUUGGCAUCCAGCACAAAGCCUAGAAGUGAAGAGCAAAGCCGGGAGACAAAACAGAAAGCACAGCAAAAAUUACUUGAAAACAUUCCAGAUACUCUCCAGAGUCUUGUCGGACAGCAGAAUGCUCGCCAUGGUAUAAUCAAAGUAUUCAACGCACUUCAAGAAACCAAGGCCAAUAAGCAUCUUCUUUAUGUAUUAUUGGAAUUGCUGCUAAUUGAACUGUGUCCUGAGUUGCGAACUCAUUUAGAGCAGCUUAAAGCAGCUCAGGUUUGAAUCUGCACAAGUGAAUUACUAGAGAAAUGUCUGUUAAUAACAGACAUGAAACUUAUUUCCCUCUUUUCCAUAGAGGGCUGACUGAAGACUGCUGAGAAUUUGUAGAGUAUUUUUCCUCUGAGUUUUACGCAAAACAAACAAGACUUGAAAAUAAUGGAUGAUAGGGUAGAAUGCCAGCAUUGUGUAGUUUCUGGCUUUUAUUUAACUUGUUAUAUGAAUAACUCUGUAUAAGAUGCAGAUUGAAAUGUAAAUGUUAAUAUAAGAUGUAAGAACUAUAGAAUAUUUUAAACAUUUAUGAAAGGCAUUUUGCUUUAGUGGUAUAUCAAUGAAUGUUGUACAGUUAAUUUCCUUGCUGAGGAUAAUGAACAUUCCUCUAUUUUCUUGUGUAUUGAAGAGCCUUGUUGUGCAAUAUAUGUAAAGAUAUUGUGUAAAUUUUAUUGUUUUUAUUUUUACCAAAGAUUUCCCAUAGUUUGGAGCCUUUGUAAGCAAUAAAUAACAAAACUGGA